AUUAUACACCCUGCUCAUCCAGUUCAAUCAUGGAGGAGCCCAUUUCGACCCCAGGGCUGCCUACACGGACAUACAAAGCUGGGGCUAACCUGCAUACUGAAGAACAGUUGCUCUCUUCAUCGCCGGGAUUCGGCACCCCAGCCUACCCAAUCAAGAGCCGACCGACAGAAGUUGCAAAGCCCUUUGCAGCGCAAUUGAACACCAGGACGACUACACAUAGUGCCCCGACGGUCUUACCGAUCCUCCUUCCUCCUCAAACUCUCCGACCCGUCGCUUUCAGGACGCUCACGAAGAAACACAACCUGACCUUGACCUCAUCGGGUCUCGGGUUGCUCUCUACGUUCAUCGGCAAAUUCUGUGGCAGCGGCUGGCGGGAAGAAGGCCUUGCAGAGCGUGUGUUGGACGAGAUAGCAAAAGCAUGGAAGAAAUGCGGAGGUGGCCUCCUCGUCGAGGAUGGGCCCGAGAAGAAGCUGUCCAACAUUUUGAAGACCUUAGAACCUUGUAUGUCAGGCGGGCGUCUGGACACGGGGAAGCUCUCGCGGAGCAACAGUUCAGUACCGACUCCUAAUCUGUCUCGGGCGCCUUCAUUCACCACCAGCCGACCAGAUGCGAACACAGAUAUCAGUCAGUCGAGCCUAGGACUCUCGGCACUUAACGUGGAAGAAGGAGAUUCGCGGAACCUGGGGGAGGAUGAAGAGCAAUCUCAACUGGAUGUCCGGUCAUACUUGAAGGUGAUCUCAGCGUUCGACCAACCACGACUAAUGUACUCGACUUCGUCAAAAAGUCUGGAGCCGGUGAACGGGAUGGCCAGCCUACUCCCUCCCAUCCAACACAAGAUCUCGACGUUCCGGAAUCGCUACCACCUCGUCCACCAGCGACUGAUGCGAAAUGAAUCCUUCCAAACUCCAUCAUUUACGACCGCCACGCGACCACCCAGACUGAUGCAUUCAGCAAGUGGUAUGACAACAAUGCAACAGGCCUACAAGAUUACUCCCAUAGCAAACCUUCUUGGCCGAUCAGGAACAUCUCAUCUCUUGCUGGGUAUGUUGGUACACUCUCCAGCUGGAGAUCUCGCCCUGACAGACCUAUCCGGGAGUGUGGUCCUCGACCUGUCAAUAGCCCGGCCUGUCCCUGAAGACGGUGUAUGGUUUUGUCCAGGCAUGAUCAUUCUUGUGGAAGGAACUUACGAAGAAGACGGCUCUCACAAUUCAAACCUCGGCUCGGCUGCGGGUGUAGGUGGACAGAUUAAAGGAGUCUUCGUGGCGCAUACAUUGGCCGGUCCACCAGCCGAACGACGAUCAUUGUCUCUGGGUAUUUCCGCCGGGUUGGAUCCCGGCGGUAACACUCAUGCAAGCGCGGGUGCAGGCUUUGGCUGGGUUGAUUUUCUGGGCGUUGGCAGCGAAAAAGCGCUGGGAAACCAGAUGCGUCGCAUUCAACGACGUAUCUUCAGACCACCCACAGCCCUCCAGACUAUCAAUGUCCCGGAUGAUGACCAGAUCGAAACCGAACCGCCUCGACGCCAAAUUGCGCUCCUGGGCGAGUGCAACCUCGACAGUCCCCGAACGCUAGACGCGAUCCGCGCCAUCCUCUCAUCCUACAAUGCCUCCAGCUCGGGACAUAUAAGCGACCUACCGUUCUCCAUUGUCAUGAUGGGCAAUUUCGUCUCGGCGGCAAGCAUGUCAGGAUCCAGCAAGGGCGGCGGUAGCAUCGAGUAUAAAGAACAUUUCGACGCCCUGGCGUCGAUCCUGUCAGAAUUUCCAUUGCUGUUGGCGAACACGACGUUCGUCUUCGUGCCAGGGGACAACGACCCGUGGGUGAGUUCGUUCUCGGCGGGCGCGAGUUGUUUGCUCCCGAGACAGGGGUUGCCCGAAGUGUUCACCAGCAGAGUCCGACGAGCGUUCACCACCGCCAACACUGAGGUUCACGGUGGAUUAAAAGAGACGGACGCGAUGAAAGGGCAGGGGAUAUGGGCGACGAACCCAGCGAGGAUGAGUCUGUUCGGGCCGCUGGAGGAGAUGGUCAUGUUUCGCGACGACAUCACAAGUCGGUUCCGGCGGACUGCCAUCACUUUCCCGAAGCUCGACGGAGAUGACGAGGAAAUCGAAGCAGCGGCAGCAGCGGCUUCCAACGUGCAGAGUCAAAGUCAAGACGCGCCACAGUCCGAUGCGGAGGAAAUGGAUCUGGACGAUCCUAGGAACAACCUCGACAGAGCUGUCCAAGACGCAACCUCGCACGUCCCUUCCUCAGGUCCCGCCCCGUCAAGUCCCCCAUCCAUCCACGCCGCGAGGAAACUCGUCAAAACCAUCCUCGACCAAUCGCACCUCUCGCCCUUCCCGCUGUCCAUCCGGCCCCAGCUCUGGGACCACAGCGCAGCAUUGUCACUCUACCCGCUGCCCACGGCGCUGGUGCUCUGCGACGCGGAAAUGCCGGCCUUUGCGAUCAGCUACGAGGGAUGCCACGUCAUGAACGUCGGCAGGCUCGUCGACGAGUUCUCCCUGCGCAGAGGCCAGGGUGGUGCCGUCAGGGGCAGCGGGGUUGCGCGGUGGAUCGAGUAUGAUUGUCGAAGCAGGAAAGGGGAGGAGAGGAACUUGAGGUUUUGAGGGAUGAGGACGGCUCUAAGCCUUGAGAAUGGGGAACAACGAAGGUAUGAGCUGAAAUGAUAACGUUGAGGCCGUCGCUUGUAACAUGGAGCUUGAAGCAUGUAGCAUAUACGAUAUAGUAUAGCAGCCAGGAUGUAUACGCCCUUAGAGCCUUGAAUUUCC